UAUGUAAAACACGUAAAACUAAGGUCAAUGUCCUAAAUCGAGUACCAUAUAGACCUACUAUGUAUAGUGAGAACUGCGAGAAGGUGACAUACAGACAGAAGUUAUAAGAUGAUGUCAUUAUUUGUAAGAAACUAUAUGGUAACUUUUGUUUUAGAAAUGUUUGAAUAAUUUAAUAUCUUAACAUUUAGGUAGGUAUUUAAGAUAACUCGUUCAUUAAUAAAAUGACGACACAACUGAAGAUACAACACAUACAGACUGCAGCGACAGACCUACUCGCUGUCCUGUGUUGAGCUACCUGCUCGGUGCCGAAGUGACCGAAAUGUCGUUUGACCGGUUCUCCUGCUCGCACUCGUGGGCUAUUAUCUCUCGCAAAUUCCCUCCCAACGACCGAUUGGUUCGCCCACCAUACCUACACAUACCGUUUGACAAACGGUCAGAUUUUUGUCCUCAUGUGGUUAAACAACAGACGUUGGUGCUCCUGUAAGAAAAUGUGAAAUACUUUACUACUUUGUCGGAGAUAUCAAAAUCAUGAAUCGCACUUCUUCCAGAAAUAUGGAAUCUUUACCUAAACAAUUUGUUUCGGCGAUGCGUACCCUGUUCGAUAUUAUGGACGACAAACACACUGGGUAUGUAAAACUCACCGAUAUAGAAAACCGUUGGAGAGACGACCGUACCAGAGGCUUACCUCGAGGAGUCAUAGAAAGUCUACAGAAAGUGGCUUCUCCCGAUGGCCUAUUAACAUUCGAAAGAUUCUGUACUGGGCUCAAAAUAUGCCUGUUACGUAAUCAAGUUGAUAACAAUUCGGCCAAAGACGACAGAUUUGGCGAUGAUGUUGAAAGCACAAGCUUACAUCCACAAAUGGUCCCCCAAACACAUCGGCCGCCAUCAGCACCUCUAUUAGAUGUAAAUGAUUCCCAGAACAUAGAAAGAAAUUGGAUGGUUUUAAAAAACUCUGAAACUUCUUCACAACACCGAACGAUAAGUAUGCCUCAACUAAUAGGACGAAAAGAAGUUCUAGUUCAAGAACCCCGCCAUUUAGGACCAGUGUCUAUUUCGAAACACGAUGGAUCUCGAAGAGUUUACGGCCCUCCAAAACCUCCACGACUUGAAAAACCAACUACGGAAAGAAAUGAAACAUCAAAAUCUAGUUAUAAAUCUGAAGAAGAGAUUGUAUUUGACAGUGAAGAGCUAUCUGUUGAUAAAAUUGAUUUUGAAGAAAUGUCUCGUGCUGUAGAAGAGCAAAGUAGAGGGCUGGGUGAUGGAAGAUCAGCGAAUGAAACCCAAUCUCAAAUGCGGCGAGUCUCACGUCGGCGUGAACCUCGGCGCCACACUUUGCACAAUGGUGUAGACUACAAUCUACUGAAACGCAUGAAACAGAUAGAGCAGGAGAAAGAUGUUCUGCUGCAAGGUCUAUCAGCUGUAGAGGAAGCUCGAGAAUGGUAUUUAAAACAGUUAGCAGAAGUUCAAGAAAAAAUGCGUUACGCGGGCAGAAUGGGUGCAUAUGUGGAACCAUGGAGUGAAGCGCACCAAGAGCGUUUAGAAUUACUAAAAGCACGAAUAUUGGAACUGAAUCGACAACUGGGAGCGUUGGCAGCAGGUUGGCGACAUGGGCAGCUGUCGCUUCAUAUGAACCUUGCGUUACCUGCGGCUUCGCUGUCCGCUUCAGGAACCAGUGCCACGCCUAACAAUGCAGCGGUACUUCGGUCGCAAAACCGGAUGCUUGCUGAGGAAGUCAACAGAAAAAACGAGAGAAUAACAGUGUUGGAACGGGAAAAAUCGGCACUCAUCAGAGAACUACUACUUCAAAGGAACAGAUCAAAAUUAAUUGAUACUUUUACAUAGUAUACCUUAUUUGUGUAAAGAUAGCAAUAUUCUAGGUGUUCUCUAAUAAUUAUUUUUUAUUUCGCUCAUGAAAUAUAGUGCUUUUUUCUAAUGUCGAUUUUGUGAGGAUAGGUGUUCUUUCUUUGCAAGGUGAUUGUAUUAUGUACUUACUACUACUUACCUAUGUUUUAUUAUUCUUUGCUUUACAAAUUUUAAUGUAAACUAUAAAAUGUAUUGUUACAAUUUAUGUGAAUAAUAUUAUUAUUAACAUUGAGUUACUAUAAUAUGAAUUACUAAACUACAAUGUAACAAACAAUUUCAGCAAUACCAAGACAUUGAGAAGUCUGGUUUAAUUAAUAUCAAAAUCAUAAUAGAAUAAUAAAUUAUUUACAACUGCAUAAUAUUUUGAUACAAUAAAUGUAUUAUUUACAAAUGUUUCGAUAGAAGAUAAUGUAUAUUAUUUAAUUAAUAUUCUAGUGCCAUAGGCUUUAGGGCUUCCAACAAAAUUGUGCAAUGAAAGAGGUCAUUCAACUAUAUGUUCUAUUUUUAUUUAAACUAAUAUAUUAUUAUACAGGUAUUCAAACAGUA